AUGGCGUCCCCAACGAAACUACACGCUCUCAAUGGAGCUCACACAGCCGGCAUCUUCGCAGACAUGUCUGUUGACGGCCCCGAAAUCGGCACGUUGGUGCUUAUUGUUGAUCGAGCAAAGAACCUGCCCAACAGGAAAACAAUCGGGAAGCAGGACCCUUACUGCGCUGCGAGGCUAGGAAAAGAGGCCAAGAAGACAAAAACAGAUGUUCGUGGUGGCCAGACGCCAAAAUGGGACCAGGAAUUGCGUUUCACAGUCCAUGACGGCCCUGACUACUACCAAUUGAAGAUGUCGAUAUUUACGGACGACAAGAGGACAGAUUUGAUCGGAGAGUCAUGGAUCGACCUAAAGAGCAUUAUUGUUCCCGGCGGUGGUCAGAAUGACAUGUGGCAGACUCUAACCUGCCGGGGAAAAUAUGCUGGCGAGAUCCGGAUGGAAAUCACAUUCUACGACGCCCGACCGAAGCCUGAUAAGCCUGCUGCUAGACCUAGAGUGCAGGCUGCUGCUCCUGAUAUGGAGGGCGGCUCUAUGAAGCAGAAGACCCCCGUGAAGCGUCGACCUCUACCGUCAGAUCCCGUCACGGGAGAGGCCCCUUCUCCUGUUGCCGCCGCUCCAUCUCCAGCGCAGCAACGAGUGCCUCCAGUGCCUGACCAGUAUCAAACCCCACCACGGUCCCAUGGUAGACACCAGUCUCAUGCAGGAUAUUCAUCCAGCACCUCUCCUGCUCCGGGCGCAGAGUACAACACCCCACCAUCUGGAUAUCGACAAGCACAUCCGGACCAAUAUUCCCCAUCACCAAAGGGCCCUUCUCGGAUGGAUCGGCAAUCAAGCCGUCCUGCUGAUUCCUACGAUGUUUCUCCUCGCCACCCUGGCGACCGAGACUACGGAGCAGGGCAGGUCGUUCAAUCUAUUGAACCCCGGGGCAUUCCUCGGCGGGAGCACCAUGAUUUACAUAUGGGCGAGCCCAAUCAAUUACAGUUCGCAAGCCCAGGCGAUGAUGAACGGCCGCCACCUCCUCCAGCACAUAGAACACGGCAGAGUGUGGGAUCCCAAGAGAUUGGCUUUCGCAACAAUUACGACUCCCCACCCCAGAAGGGAACGUCUCCUAUGCCCAUGCGAUACGAUGUGCUGAAGAACGAAGCCCAUAGAUACUCAAUGCCCGCAAAUUCGGGUAGACCUUCAAUGCGUGGCCAUGAUUCCGCACCAGCAGCGGUGAAUGCAGUGGCGCACUACAAUAGGAUCGAAUACGACGUACCACCUCAAAGGCAGUACUCUUACGACCCGUCUUAUGAUCCCCACCAUAGGAACAUGCAAGCAACUGUGGAAGAUGUUCCAGAGUCGCCGACAGGCCAUUAUCAGCAUGACACGCACAGGUAUAACGCACCAGCGCCCGGGUAUGAGGAGGAUUACCACCAUAGCUACGAAUCAGUUCCGAGUCCAGCGCCCCUCGCUUUGAGAAUUACGCCGCGAAAUUCGCCUUCCCCUCGACCCAGGGCAUCCACGAAUGAGAUCCAACAUGGCUACCAGAUACAGAGCUCCUCUUAUACAGGAAGGGAAUUUUCGACCAGUCCUGGCCGUGAAUUUUACGGCAAUCCGCACAGCAGCCAGACACAUUUUGAAUCUCCUGAUGAAUGGGACAUCCAGCGACCAGGCUCAUCAAAUUAUCCUCACGCCGAUAUGCCCCCUUCUUUGGUACCUGGUGUUGACCCAAAUGUGGCUCGGGAGAUCUCUGAUCGUAUGCAAGAAGAGCGAUACAAUGAUCGUAGGCUGAGCUACCAGGGUGCACUGGUUCCAACAACAAGGGGUCGCCAUAUGUCCGAACCCCCGCCAUCGUAUGGCCACAACCAGCCCAACAAUGCAUAUGGUUUCGAUUCUCAGCAGGCUGAGAGGAAUGUUGAGAGACAUUCCGAGAUCACCUAUUCCGGUGGCUCCGAGAUGGCCUUGACCAGGAUUCGAAAUGUUUCGCCGAAUCCGGUCCCAAACACCAAUCACGCCAUUAGGAGGAAAUCUGUGAGCCCAGCGCCGCCUCCAUCAGAUUCUAGGAGGGUCUCGGACGUGCCAUUUGGACCCGAUUCGUUCAAUGCGUUCAACUCAAACCUUCCGCCGCCGCAGGACGAUGUCUCGGGCCCUGAUCCGGAUGCUCGGAUUAUCACACAUGAUGGGAAGGAAAUCGAUCCUUCUGACCACCUUCCGGUCGAAUCCUGGGCUCCUGAGCCAGAAUCGAAGUCAAAGCAGCAACCUUCUGACACACGGUCCAGACCAGCCCCGAAUGGCGCACAGCCUAUGCCACCCAGUGGAAGGAGACAACUCCGUAUCGCAGCACGGCCUUCGCAGCCGCCAGCUGCACCCCAUCCAUCUUAUGGUCCACAGGCGCUUGUAACAACAGUCAGCCCUGGAAAGAACAGACUGCAAAAGAAGUCAAAUAGAACUUCAGCGGCUUAUAUACAAGGCGGGUCAAGUCCUUUGGCGCCUAUUGAGCCAGACAACUUCCAGGAUCGCCCUGGACAAUAUACCCCGACCCGUGGUGGGCAGCGGAUGAGCCACUGGGAACAUCAAAAUGAGAACUACGCACCGCGUCAAGGCUCUGCACCCCCAAUUCCAGCAAAAGUUCCAUUGCCAGUAAUGAGUGGUGCCAAUGGGGGAGGGGCCGAGUGCUUGGCUCUGGUCCACGAAAUGCAAGCUAUCGAUAUUGGCACGGGUAGGUCACGCCGACAUGGGGGCUACUAG